AGCCGCGGGCGGAAGCGGCCGAGCCGGCGCUGAGGGCCCGCCCGCCAUGGAGGCCCCGCGGGCGCUGCCGCUGCUCUCCGUGCUGCUCCUGCUGCUCCUGGGGCUCUGCGCCGCCGACAACCCGCAGACGGACACCAGCAGAUCUUCCACGGGAGCCGGAGCAGGUGACAACGGGGAGCACACCAACACAGCUCUAGAGAACGGAGACGGGCAGAAAAACAACGGGAACUCCAACAAUGGCGGCGCCCAAACAGACACGAACAGCGGGAGCAACACGGCUGAAAACACGGCAAACAAACAGCAGGAAAACAAGCCAGCUGUAAAUGGCAGCGACGACGAGAAGAAGAAGGAGAAAGACGAAUCACAGAAAGGCAGCAGCUCAGAGGCUGCUCAGCAGGGCCAAGGUGAAAAUGGCAAUGAUGGAACCAGCAAUGGAGGAGGUGGGGGACAAGGAGGUGAAAGCCAGAACAGCAACAAUGGUAACACAGGCAAGGCAGGCAGUGAUGGCCAGGACAAUGCAGGGACCGGCAGUGUUGGCCAGGGCAGUGAUGGCCAGAGCGGUAAAGAGUCCAGCACUGGAAACACGGGCAACCAAAGCAGUGGCACUGGUGGCCAGGGCAAUACAGGGACCAGCACUGACGGUGAAAGUGGCAGCCAGAACAACAAAAAUAACCAGCAGAACAGUGUCAACGAGAACAACCAGGCUGGCAACCAGGCAGGGGGCACUGAGCAGGAGGACAGCAAGGAUGGCAAGAGCAAGAACAGCAAUGACGAGGGCAGCAAUGGCAAGGACAGUGAGAACACAAAUGGCAACACCAACCAGGACAGCACCAACCAGGACGGACAGCACAACCAGGACAACAACAACAAGGACAACAGCAACAAGGACAACAACAACAACGGCAAGGGCACUGAUGGCAAGGACAGCAAGAAUACAAAUGGCAGCUCCAACCAGAAGAGCAACACGCAGGACAACACCAACCAGGAGCAGGACAACACCCAGGAUGGCACCAACCAGGACAGCAGUGACAAGAACAAGGCUGCCAACGAGGCCACCAGCCAAGGAGGGCAGCCAGCCCAGACUGAGAGCCAGGGCAGUGCUGCUGGCGAGCAGCCCCACGGCCAGGACAGUGCUCAGAACUCCCAGGAGGAGCAGAGCCCCGUGUCUCACUCGGCUGCCCCCGCUGGGGACGGUGACAGCUCCUUGGAGAAUGAAGAGAGCGCCGUGGAGGACGUGGCCAAGGCUGAGGAGGGCAGUGACGCCUCCCUGGAGCAGGACAGGGACAGGAGCGUUCCCUCCCUGCCCAGGCCCCGCUCGGAGAGCAGCCACUUCUUUGCCUACCUGGUGACCACAGCUGUCAUUGUGGCAGCCCUGUACGUGGCCUACCACAACAAACGCAAGAUCAUUGCUUUUGCUCUGGAAGGAAAAAGAUCCAAAACUGGUCGGCGGCCCAAAUCUGGUGAUUAUCAGAGACUGGAUCAGAAGAUCUAAUUCCUGCUCAGAGGAUGGCGGGGACGCAGUGCUGCCACAGCUGGAUUCCAGUCCACGGGAAGGAGGGGACACGCUUUUUGUUUUGCACCUGCACCUUGAUAAAACCUCUCACUUCCCUGAAUUGCUCCUUUCCCAGCUGCCUUGCUUUCCCCCUGGGUGUCUGGCUGCUGGAAAAGCCAGACCCAGGAUUUGUGUCCCAAUGCAAUGGAAUUUGCCAUCUGCUGGACUGAGCCCUCCUUUUGGGGGGAAUUAAGGAUCUGCUGCACAAUGAGCCAUGGGACUGUCCCUUGCCUGGGAACGAAGCUGCCUUGGUCUCCUCCUGCCCCUCCUUCUCCACCUGUUGGGUUUGGACGCUCAGGUUGGGACACCUGAGUUCUCUUGUUUGGCAUUGACCCAGCACAGACUCAGAUUUGGGUUUUCUCUCCCUGAUCAGUCUCACACCCAGCUUCCCUUUUUCACACCCACCCCUGGCCACGCUGAAGCAGUUUUUGUAGCUCAAACCCUUCGUGCUCCGUGCAGGUCUCUUCCCUCCCAGUGCUCCCAGUUCAGCUGUGUGCACUGGGGGUGUUGCUGGUGGAGGAGGGGGUCAGGCUGGGCAAUGCAUGCCUUGUUGGCUCAGGGAUUCAGAUGGGAGGAUUGUUUCCUGCCCUUGUCAGGUGUAGGAAGGAGGGAAUGUAAAUCCCUGAGGGGUUUGGGAUGAGGGAGCCUCCCAGUCCCUCCAAGGCUGGACUGGUGCUGGUCAGCCCAAGGGUUGGUGCCCCACUUACACCUGUGAGGUUUUCAUUCCUGCAGCUCUACUCCCCAGAGGUUUCUCCAAGCUGGGAUGUUUCUGGAGAGGGCACAAAGUACCUGCUUGGCUCCUGCUUUGGAUUUUUCCAGACAAAAAAAGGGUUUGAGGAGCCCAGAGCUCCUCACGUGGGCACCCAGCUGCACCACAUCGGGUGCCAGGUGUGUGCCAGUCCUGCACUGACUGCAUGGAAAGAGCCCCAGGAUGGUUAAAUUCCCUCCUGGGGGGCUUUGUUUGCCCUUGCCAGGCUUGGGAACAAUCAGCUCCUCGCCCUGUGGUCACCCUGGACAAGGGCAGAGCCAUUUCCUGGUCAUUGUGAACCCUGCAGCUCUAGUUUGAUUUCCUAAUGGUUCAUCCCAAGAGGGGAGAGAGACCCUGGCCUUCUCCAAACCCUAAAAUCAUCCUUUGCCUCUCUGCUGGCUCUUGGCAAGCAUCAGAGUCCCUCUUGGCUUUGAGGAGUUCUCAGGAUUUCCCUAGGAAACAUCUAGGAUGCUGAAAGGACUUCCAGGAGUUGUUUGGAGAGCAGGAGCGUGGAGGAAGGGAAACAGGGCUGGGAAUGCAGCUCUGGGGAAAAAGGGUGGGAACCUCCUGCUGCAGAGCCCCUGGGGGAUCAGCCGGGCUGGGGCUGCUGCAGGGCAGGGCUGGGCAGGGGGACACCUCUGCCUUUUUGGGCACAGCAGGGACACAAACCCUGCUGCAGUGGCUGGGAUUCCGUGUGCUGCUCUGGCCAGGGUUUUUGGAGUGAGUGUGCUUUUAGGAGUGUGAGUGCUCUACGCUGGCUUUGUCCUGCUUUGUGUUUGUUUUUUUUUUAUUGAAUAAUAAUUUAGAAAGGCUUUCUAUUUUUUCACCAUCUACUUGCUUUCCUGUCCUGGGAGCUGUUUCAAACCCUCUCUUGCUCCAGGCUGUGGGAAUCCCACCCUGCUGCCAGCAGGGCAGGGAAUAUUUUGGACCUGGAGCACCAAUCCCAGGCUGAGCCAAGCAUUCCUUAGGGUGAUGAGGACACACCUCAGGGUCUGGGGACAGGCAGGGCUCACAGCAGGCUCAAGUGUGGGGUUUUCCCCCAAAAUCUCCACACCAGCACUUCCCAGGGCUGCUGUGUUCUGCCCGCAGCCUGGGCUGCCCCAGACCCCUGGGGUUGCUCCCAGUUUGUUGAGUUUUAUGGUGUUUGUGCAACGUGUCCCAGAGGGAUCAAGGUGCACAGAACCUUCUCCCUUUGGACGCACGUGUUUUCCGUGGAUGCUGUCUGUUGGUACAGAGGGGUUUUUUGCCAAAUAUUCUUACUUUUUAGGCUUGAACCAGCACAUGAUUUGUUUUCUGCAGUGCAAUGCACCUUGCUUGGAAGGAUCAGAAUUUUUUACAGUUCUUUGUACUGUUUUUUUUAAUUUUCUGUGUGGUGAAAUCAGUAAAUGGAUUAAAAA